AUUUGAUAAAUAGAACUUAGAUUUCUUGCCAAGUCGUACGUAGCACUUCACCUAACAUUUUAAGCUGUACAGAUACAUGAAGAGUGUACCUACUUUGUAACUUGGGGAUGUUUGUCAAGACUAGAAGACUCGGAAAUUAGACGAACGAAUAUAAAAUACAAACACAAAUCGAGUUGAAUUACUCCAACAAAAUGAAGAUUUUUGUGUUUAUACUUUGUUUCGUAUUCCUGGAUGGCAUGAACAUGAGAGUAACAUCUCAUCGCACAGCAAAGAAAUGUUUUUUACCAAAGUCUCAGAAGAUUAACUGGAACAAGAUUCGUGGAAAUUGGUACGAAGCUUUGAACAAAAAAAGUCCUUUGGAAAAGCUAUUAAGCUGUGACACCUGGAGUCAUGUGGUACCAACUAAAGAUGGCGUCAAAAUAAAUCUCAGAAACGAAGAUUGGAAAACUCACACAUACAGCGUUCUUCCAAUGUUCAUUAGAAUUACAAAAUCAGGCACAGGAUUUUGGAAACCUCCGACAAUGAAAAAAUGGUUAGCCUCAUUCAAGCAAAAUUCCGCAAAUCACAAAAUUGGAAAAAAGCUCAUCACGGAAUUGAAAUCGAUACAAAAAGCAGGAUUCGCUUUUUCUACAGAUUACAAAACCUACUUCAUCAUCAUGUCAUGUGGACGGCACGGCGAGAAGUACAUAUGGGCGAACGCGCGACAUCCUUAUCCCACUGCUGAAUCUUUGCUUGCUAUUUUCAACAAUUUGAUCAAAAUUGGACACGGAUGGAAUGAUGAGCCAUUGUUCAUGUCACAGUGUGUCAAGAUUUCUAACAUACAGCCCAACCCCAAUUCAUUUCUGCAGAAAUGAUAAUAAACACAUAAAUAAUUAAUCAGAGAGAAAUUUUAUAAAGAGGAAAAAGCAACUGCGAAUAAUAAGAGAAAUAGUAAUGAAGCCUAUAUUGUGCCCUAAUACAGUUAACGACACACUUGAUAAAUGUAAAAUAUAUUGUAAUGUAAUCUGAAGUUUGUUUUGAAAUGUGAUUGAAAUAAAUGAUGUGAAGGGUUUUCACUCAGAACUAUGUCAUCUUCUUGAAUAACAAUAACGAAACCACAGCAAAAAUUCAGCGAAAAAAUCCAUAUUUACGGUUCGGUUUUAACAAACCUGUAUAAAGUCUGUAAACCUGUAAAGUUAACUGAAUAUUCAGUUAACCAUGAUAAAGUAUAUCAUGAACUUUUAAACCAAUAUGCAAGAUUGCGCAACCUUUUUCGAGACCCAGGACUAUCUCGUGAUCUAAUUUUUCAUUCUCUAAUACCGAAGGAAGGCCAAAAAUCAACCAUGAAAGUCAAAAAUUAUGCUGUCCAUGAACUAAACUGAUGUGAAUGCCUAUGUGAUUUUCUUUUAACCUUAUCUUAUGAGUCAUAUAAACAAAUUUAAGGUUGCAUCAUCCAGGGUCCUGACAUGUAAUUUGCGGUAUAUUAUUAUCAUAUUAUGAUCAUUUGAAAACUGCAAUGGUUGCACAAACAACCAAAAGUGAGAUAUGGCAAGUAAGAAGCCAAUUAAAAGUACUGUAACGGGAGUGAGACAUUGGAAUAUCUUGGUUUAGAAAAUCACGCCAACAUGUUUGCAGAAUGUUAAACAAGAUUUUCAUGGUGGUUUUUUAGAGUUUCACUCAAAUGAGUCAGAAUUAAUUUAGAUUUCUGAUUUUUUUCAUGGUAAUUUGGAAGGUACGCUAAUUAAUAUGCAUCUGAAGCUAACGGAAACGCAAGAAACUUUUGAUUUAAAAUUCUCUUUGCGUUCAGUUCAGUUAUGCAUUUAAAACAAGCUUUAUUAUUCAGUUCUAGUCUCAUUUUUCUAAAGUUGCACAAGCGUGGCUCUGAAACGGCUUCUCUUUUUUAAAGUACUUUGACAACAUUUAAGUUGCAAACUCAAAUGAAUUGAAAUGGGGGAUAGCACUUUUUGAUGAACAUCCACAAUUGGUUCUUCUAAUUUCUACAACACCAAGAUGCAAAAUACUUUAUAACUAAAUAUCACAACUGCAUGCUCCACGCAGGAUACGCUCGUGGUGCAAUAAAAAGUUCUACAAUUGUUAGCAUGUGGCAGCAUGAAAUGUAAUCAGGUGAAUACUGAAACAAUUUUUCCCGACGAAUAUAUUUAUAUAUUUUUUUAAAUACAAGCAUACUUUGUUUGAUAGAUAGAAAUGGGUUACAUUGAAUAAUGUCAAAAAUAGAAAUAUUGAGAAUCAAAUUUUUUUUCCAUGUAAACUGCCCUGAUUCGCCCCAGGUUUCAUCCAUUUGUAAAAAUGUGUUUUAAA